GCAUCUAUUAUUGCCGCAUGACGAGUCAAGUGAGGAAAAGGGAGUAAUAAGUGAUAUCUCAGAGUCCAUUUUCUACCGCCGUCUUUCCGACUCUCUACCCAUAUUCAGUUCUUCGCCCCCACAACUACAUGCAAACGAGUCCUUACGAACAGCCUGACAUUGACAGGCUUCUUAGCAGACUUAGAACCAGGCUUGCUCUGGCUAGUUUCAAGGCACAGCAUGGAUACGAGAACCUAUCGUUAUCAGCAUUAUCGACCUCUCAAUCGCUAUAGCGGUCCAUAUCAUGCACACAAAGGCUACGAUCAUCAACACGAACCAUCUACUCCGCCACCGCUUACUCUUUUCGCCUCCCCACUAUCUCCCCGAAUUCCUCAAAGUCCAGUAUCGGACCAGCGCGCCACACCUCCUCCCCGUAGUCCAUAUCUUCAUCAUAAAGCUCUUACCAGUCCAGGAAAUCGAUUAUCGGCUAAGGAUCGUAUGCGAUUUUAUCGGCGAAGUGCCUCACCGUCCGCACGGCCGAUCAAUCGACAGCACCGACCUCCAACACAUCUUUCUCAGGUGUCUACUCCUCCAGGAACAGAACAUUCAUCAGCGUUUAUGCGAGUCCGGUCCAUGGGCUCACCAUCAUUUGAAGACAUGACGCUGGAUAAGGACGAUACAGAUGCUGCUAAUUUAUUAGUCAUGCUCCAUAACUGUCCUUCUCCAGCGGGGUCAUUUGCCCCAUGAUGCGUAUUGACAAAUAGAGGUAGUCUACGCUAGGGCCAACUUCACUUAAAUUCUCAUUUUAUUCUUUUCCACUUCCACAUUGCACAGUGGCAACGAGCGCUAUGGACACGUUUUGCGUUUGACAACCUGUGCCACUUUCCCGUUCCUCUGCUGUCCAUACGUUCUCUCACAUAUUCCUUGAUAUUAUUGAAUUUUUUUUUUUUGGGUUAUCAUCCAACUCGUUCCAUUGUGUUUCCUUUCUUUCUAACUCCUGUUUCUAAUUUGCGAUUUAAUCUCGUCUGUACUCGUCAUCUCCUUCCAACAUGUACAUAUGUUGCCUCAACACGAUCUUUUUAUAACAU